AAUGGCUGCAGUUUACUGCGCCGCCGGUUCAGUCGGUGUGUGACUAACGGUGUUGGUGGUUCACCAUGAUUCAUAAACGACAAAAGUCCACCAGUGGCCCACUCUUGUGUUUGUUACCGGUAUUAACUGUGCUCGUACUGCAAAAGCUACCUUCAGUUGUCACCGAAUCCCCGGAAAAUGCAACCGAUCCAAAAGCAUGGUUUGAACGUAUGAACGCGGAAUUACAUGCACUCAACCGUGAGGCAGCACAGUACGGAUGGGAUUUAAGCACACAACAUCAAUCCCGUGUGGAGUUCACGCUAGAGAGCAUGGUUCAAUUAGCUCAGCGCAAGUCUGCCUGGCUGCAGGAUACAUGCGACGAGGGCGCCCUCUACCGUCAGCAUGGAUGGCCAUAUGAUCGUGCUUACUAUUUGCUGUGCCGCGGACCUCGCAAUACCCCGGAGGAAUUACGUGAAAUGGCUCAGCUAUUUUCCUUCAUCCAGCGGAUUUACACCGAGACAGAAGUGUGCAUUCCGGCGAACUGUGGACUUCACCGCCCUGAUGAUGACGGAAAUGAAGACGCGACUAUUCUGUGGGGCAAUACUUUCGUACAAUAUCCUGGUCUUACCAUGGGACAUUUGGAUCUCACCAUUGUGGCGCCAAUAUUUUCGCAAGGGCUUACUCCAACUGUUCCGACCAAAUUACCCCACGAACUAAAAUGCUUCUCGGGGGAACCCGACCUAGAGCGCCUGAUGUUAUUGGAUGGAAUAGACCACGUGUGCUCUGGGCGUUUCCCCGACGAGACUGUUUUACGAUGGGCCUGGGAAUCCUGGCGAAUGGCAGUAGGGCCUCCGAUGCGACAGCCAUAUGGACGACUGAUUGAGCUAAUGAAUAGAGGCUGCAUGCGUGGCGCCAACCAUCGCGAUGUGGGUGAAUGCUGGCGUGAGGAGCUGGAGAUCCCUGAGUUGCGCAUUUUGGUCGAUCGUUUGUGGCACGAGGUGAAACCAUUCUAUCAGAAGCUACACGCCGUUGUACGCCAUGUUGUUCGAGAGAAAUACCCAACAGAGGCAUCGUCGAUCGACACCGAUGGACUGAUUCCAGCGCAUCUUCUCGGUGGCAUGUGGAGUCACAGCUGGACGGGCUAUAGGCAUGACAUUAUCCCGCAUUCCAUCAACAUAGAUCAAACACUCGGGAGGGCUAACUGGACUUCGAUGGACUUAGUGCGACGCGCUGAAGAUCUUUACGCAUCGCUCGGAUUUUCGCGCAUGACGGACGAGUUCUGGAAGCACAGUCUUAUCGGUAGGGGCGCUAGUGGUGGCAAGUGUCACGGAACGGCAGCUAACAUGUUUGCGGACGGAGCGGAUGAUUAUCGUAUGAUAGUGUGUCCACGGUCCGAAGCUGCUGGUCAUGAUUUUUACGUUACUGUACACGAAAUGGGCCACAUUGUCUACUACAUGGAGGCGUCGAAACAGCCGACCAUCUUCAGUGAUGGAACUACAGCCGCAUUCCAGGAAGCGCUCGGAGAUUCCAUCUACCUGGGUGCUGUAACGCCACAACAUCUUGUGCGACUCGGAUUGCUUGAUUCUAAGCACAUGGCACCGGAAGCCACGGAUUUCGGAGCGAGCUCCAUGAUAAAUACCUUCGAUUAUGCAUUUUUGUUACACAUGGCGCUGGGGAAAUUCCCUACCAUGCCUUUCGAAUAUCUUAUGGAUCAGUACCGAUGGGAUGUUUUCGAUGGAAGUGUUGACUAUGCUCAAGAUGCAAACAGCUACUUUUGGUUUCUGCUCGAACGACAGCAGGGCAUUCGGCCACCGUCUUCUGUGAAUUCGCGACGCGAACUAUUCGAUGCUGCCUCCGUUUACCAUUUGUCGGAUAAUACACCUUUCGUGCGCUAUUUUCUGGCCAGCUUUCUGAGCUAUCAAAUCUAUGAGGGAUUAUGCCGUAGUGCUCUUUUCGGUACUGUUAGCAAUCCUACCAACGAGAUCCCAAUGCCGCUACAUCGCUGUGAUCUGUACGGCUCCAAGAAGGCCGGUAAACUGUUACGCAAGUUACUGGCACUCGGUGCCUCUGUACACUGGACAGAUGUACUGGAAGAGCUUACCGGAGACGUGGAGAUAUCGGCCAAAAGUUUGCUCAAGUACUAUCAACCGUUGGACGAAUUUUUGGAUCGUUUCAUUGCACGCCAUCGUCUCAUCGUUGGAUGGGAACACUAGGAGAAAAAAUUUUAAGAAACGGAAAUCAUAUCGCACAUUGGGAACUGGUUGACAAAUGGGAACCAUUAUUUUUAUUUUUUCUGUUCUUCCACUCUUUUUGGUACGUGCGUGCGUAUAGUUGUUGUUUUAUGUUGGUUAACAAAAAUAGUCAAAUUGUUUACCCCGUGUACACUGUCCCGCUUGUUAGUCAUUGCGUUUGCUAUUAUUUCCAUAUUCAUUCUACUUUUUUGUAGCAUCUUUCAAGUUUCUUAAAUUUCUUUUCCGAUCAAAAUCCGAUUCAGUUCGAUUUGUUCAUUAACACUGCUUAUUGGUGCUGCUCAAGCCGCUGUGCUGGGCUGUUUCAUGACACACCUAGAGCAAGCUAUGGUAAAAUGCUUCAUCUAUUCGUUUUACGCAUUUGGAUUUAUAUUUGCAAACAAUAAUGUUUUACGGGCUAUUGGUUGGCUCCCUCCUUACAUAACGGCAGUAGCGGAACACAUUAAACAACGUCAAUUUGGGACUUCUACAUCCGUUUGCAAACUUUCGCUUUGCUUAGUUUAUUAACGCUAAACUGUCUCAACUAAUGCGCAACAACCAGUUGUCGAAAAGUGGCAAAACUCGAGGAAACAGUAAAAGGCUACCGUAGCAAGGGAAUAAGAGAAGUAGGAAUGGACUAGCUGGAUUGAUCAAUUGGGACAAAUGGAGUAAAUUGCCGCAAAUACCUUACACAUUAUUAGCAUGAGACUUUCAUUUUUUCGAAUUUGUAUACUAAACAUGUUCCUUUUUCGCUUUUUCUAAACAUUUAGCUUUUAAACACAAAACUGUAGGUUAUUAAUUCAACUUCGGCAUGCUUAGCUUUGCAUAAACUAAAUUUUAUUCAAGAGCGUUAUAUUGAUCGACGUAAAAAGCAUUUAAUUAAGCGUAUUUUCUCAUUUGUUGUUUUGUUUUUAACCCUAUCUUCAUUGCAAAUGUUAAAUUUAAAUUAACAUUAUACCCAACUUUAACAUAACAAUAACAUUGAAACUAACUGUGUAAAGUGAAGCACUCCAAAUCAAUAAUCAAAAAUAAAUGAUCGCAUAACUUGUAAAAAAAAUUAACGCAAUGGAAACAGAAGCAACAAAACUGAAAACACAAGCUAGGCAAGGAAUAAAAAGAAUAAACUUACCAUACAAUUUAAAGCGAUAAAGCAGAAUCGAAAAUGAAAAUGAAAAUCAACUUAAACAUAAUGAGUUUGUCAAUACUAUUUAUGUGAAAUAAAA